GUGACUAAGCAUCCCAAUGCUGAUCACGUUAUCAACGCGAGAUUUCCAUCAGGCAUUUACUGGUUCCUGGGUUGUGAAACACCCGUCAUCUGUAUAAGGACGUUGACCCUUUAAUGUGAAUGGUUUGCGCACAUUAGUUCGGCAAAAUGUCCAUCAUCCGGGUACCCGACAAGGGAGGCAACUGUAUUAGUUUUCGUGACAUCGAUGGGUAUUGGUUACCUACCCCUUUCCAGGAAGAUGUAUUUAGAGGAUGUCACAAACUGCACAUUCGAGAAGAUGAUGUAAUUAUCAUAAACUGGAUGAGAUCAGGUACCCACUGGCUUUUUGAACUGGUCAGCAUGUUACUCAAUAACAAUGACGUCACAAUUCAAAAGAAGAAGGAAGAUAACAUGAUCGAGUUCUCUGAUAUCCCCACUCUAGAAGCAAUACCAUCUCCGCGGGUGCUAAACACGCACCUGCAGUCUCAGGUGCUACCGGAAGCUCUCAAAACAGGGGCAUGCCGGGUAAUCUAUCUUAUCAGAGAUCCUAAAGAUGUUGCCGUGUCUUGGUACAAUAUGCAUACCUCAUACAGUCACUAUGACUACAUGGGACAAUGGCAGGAUUGGCUUCCAAUGUUUCUAGAAGGAAAAGUUGACUGGAGGUCGUGGUUUGAUCACGUGAGAUCAUGGGAACAGGUAUUUCAGGACCAUCCUUAUGUCAACGUCCACUUUGUCCACUAUGAAGACCUGAAACUGAAUCCAAUACAAGAACUACAAAAGCUCUCGAUGUUUCUAGGACUAGACCGUGAAAUAACCUUGUUUGAAGCAAUCGCGGCCAAGUGUGACAUUGUACAGAUGAGAGGCGACAAAAGGAAAUACACAUGGCACGACAAAGGAGUCCCUGUACAUUACCGUAAAGGUGUGGUUGGCGACUGGAAGAACUACUUCACCAUGGCCGAGUAUGAACACUUCCAGCAUGUGUACCAGGAGAAGAUGUCGGGGUCCCGCUUCCAGACUCGAUACAGCUCUGCCAUGGACUGACCUACACUGCAAGAUAGUAAUCCUUUAAACACCAACAUAUUUUCCGUUUCGCAUCAGUACUGUCCACAGUUGUAUCAUUAACUUUGACGUUCUUGUUAACCUUGUUUCUACUCUGAACAUCAGGUAGAGGAUUCGAUUGAGUGAGUGAACGUCGAUUUACGUCAUGAUAAGCAAUCUCCUAACUAUAAACAAGUGGUUGCUGGCAUAAGGGACGACUCACGAAUGUCGGUGUCUGUCAAUAUCAGCCAGGUCUCCCAACCUCCGUGUUCGUCUGGGUGCUGGGAACCUAAUCUGCCCCGAGAUGUCUACAGACUGGGUAGGUUUGUGAUGCCACUAUUAGCAAUAUCAAAGAUCCGGGUUAGAAUAGGUCUUCUGCAACCAAUGCUUGCCAUUAAAGGCGACUAUCCUCGUCGGAAGAGGCGGCUAACGGGAUCAGGUGGUCAG